AAUCGUGUGGCGGUGUGGGUGGAUUGUUGGGCCAUUCAUGUGAUUUGAUUUUUAUACAUCUCAUGCCAUAUGCGGGCCUUUUCACACCCACGAAGACGAGCAAAGCGCUUCGUAAUUGUGCGCCCCUCGUGCCACACAACGCUGUGAGUUUGUAUUUCGAUUAUAGCGUGUCCGGUGGCAAGUAAUCAUUGACUCAACGUCCAGUGCACGAGCAGAAUUUCGCAAGAUCGUCCGACUACUUCUCAGAUCGUGUCUAUUUUGAUAAAGUGUGAAAUGGAUUCCGCAGAGUUCAUCAAGUGCGAAUUGCUGCCAAAACUUCUGACUGAUGGCAAGCUCUCAUCUUAUAGUGAUGCUGCAAUAAAGUCAUGCGAGGCCAGUAAACUUGGUGAGGAUGGCACUUACAUGAGAACACUGUGCUAUCGUGCCAAAGUUGAGCUGUUUAGUGCCAAAUCGGGCCGAACUGAGCGAGCGGAUCUCGUCAUAAAGCUCACACCGCCAAAAAUCCCGCUGGAAUUCUACCAGGGCGGAAAUUAUGCGGACUUAUUCGAGAAUGAAUUCAUCACGUACACUGUCGUUCUCCCACUGCUCAAGGAUCUUGACAUUUUUUACCCCAGGUAUUACUACAGCAGCCAGACGCCGCAGGAGGAGAUAAUAGUGCUCAGUGAUUUCACAUCUGAUGGCUGGAGUGUGGCGAAACCAGUGACAAACUUAUCGCUGGAAAAUAUUUUGGCAUCGGUUAAACUACUUGGGAAAUUUCAUGGCUACUCGUACGGCAUCAAGGAGACAAAUCCUGAAUUAUUCAGUGAGAUUCGAAAACAACUCAAGUUAACAAGCUUCCACGCAGACAGCAGCGGCAGCGAUGCUUGGGACAUAAUGAUGACAAAAUCAAUAAGGAGAGGGACUAAUUCCAUUAGGGAGUCUGGGGAGGCACGCAAUGGCAUUCCUGAGCACUUUCUGAUGGACUUGGAGGCGUACUUGGCGAACCCGAUGAAGGUGCAGCACAGGCUGAAUGGAUCCCAAGAGCCGCUGGCGGUGCUCUGCCACGGGGACUUCUUGAGCAAUAACAUCGCCUUCAGGCGCACGACACGAGCUGAUGGCACUAUCUGCCUCGACGCCAUGAUGUUUGACUUCCAAACACUGAGAUAUUCAUCACCGAUGGUUGAUUUGGCCACAUUCAUGGCCAAUUCCACGGGAGUGGAUGUGCGAAAGCCCCACUUUGAUGACAUCUUCCGGUCUUAUCACACUGAAUUAGUGAAAGCACUCUGUGAAAAAUGGAACAAAAAUGAAGAUGAAUUACCAAGCCAUUACAGCCAUAGCAGCUUCCUCGAGGAGUAUGCAAAGUACCUCCCAUUUGGCUACAGCGUCGCGGCGUCUUUCAUUCCAAUUCUGCACUGUCCCCUCGACGAUCCCGUGGCCAACAUGCUGAAGUUCAGUCCGGACAAUGAGGAGUUCGAGGGAUUCAUGGCGGAAAUGCUGGCACUCGGUGGCGAGAUUGUCAACCGGGAGCUUCGGGGCCUCAUCGAGGAUAUGUACACUCUUCAGCAGCGCACCGGAGUCACAUUCGAGUGAAUUGCGUGCCCUUUUACUGGCGGAUGGAGGAGAGGAAGAGCGGCUGACCACUUAAUUUAAUAAGAGAAAAUGAAUUAGAUGCUUCUGCCGGAGGAAUUCACAGGCAUUCGCCUUGCGAAUGCCUGUGUUUGUAUAUUAAACCCUUUAUGGAAGCAAAAUGGACGAUGUUGAUUGUGAAGUAUGAGGUGAAUUAUUCAUUUUAAUCGUGUCCCCCACAUCCAUCUGGUGUAAUGGCGAAAUGGCACCAAGGGAACACGUUCCAAUUCAGCUCAUUCAAAUAAUUUCCUUGAAGACAGUGAAAUAAAUUUGCACGUGGCACGUGACAACG